CUCAAAGUAACUCUAUAUAAAACGGUGGGGGUGUAAGCAAAAGAAUUCAUUCAGUACACGUAGAGAUAGAAGAAAUAAUAUAGUCGUGGAAAGAGAGUAGAGUUAACAAUAUUGAGAAGAUGAAGAAAUUUUCAUUGGUAUGCAUGUUAGUAUUAGCAGUAGCAGCAAUGGCUACUAUGGAAGAAGAUGAAAAAGAUUGUGCAGACCAACUUGGAAAUCUGGCAGCAUGCAUUCCAUAUGUGAGUGGCACUGCAAAAAAGCCAACACCUGAAUGUUGUGAGGACACUAAGAAAGUUAGAGCUGCUAAGCCUAAAUGCCUUUGUGUUCUCAUCAAAGAGAGCACUGAUCCCUCUUUAGGCCUCCCUAUCAACACUACUUUGGCUCUUCAAAUGUCCACUGCUUGCAACAUUGAUGCCAAAGUCUCUGACUGCCCAUCAAUACUGAAUAUCCCAGCAGAUUCACCAGAUGCAAAGAUCUUUAAAAUAGCUGAUGUAGAUUCACCUCCAGCUUCUUCUGGUUCUAAUACUUCAUCAGGAACCUCAACUCCAGCUUCUACUAGUUCAGACACCAAGAGUACAAGUACUACAGGCACCAGUGGGGUUGCAGACCAGAGCACCAGCAUCAUGAUUACUAUGGCACUCACAAUAAUUGUACUCAUCUUCAUUUAGAAUUUCACCACUGAUGAAAGCCUGGAAGGGAUCAUCAGUUUUAUAGUUAGUUUGGUUUCCUAGUUUUGACUUGUUUCCCUCUUAGGUCCAAAUAAAAGUAAUAAAAUAUCAAUUGCAAUA